AUGACCCAGAUAAAGUAUAUGAUUCUUGCCUCUAGACAAGGCAAAGUCAGACUUGUGAAAUGGUAUACCCCAUAUACUCCUAAGGAAAAGACGAAGAUUAGUAAAGAAUUACCACCAUUGAUUCUUUCCCGUAAACCCAAGAUGUGUAACAUUGUAGAGUAUUCCGAUCACAAGGUGGUCUAUAGAAGAUAUGCAAGUCUUUAUUUCAUAUGUGGGAUCACACCUGAAGCAGAUAACGAGUUGUUAACUCUAGAGAUAAUUCAUCGAUACGUGGAGACAAUGGAUACGUAUUUUGGCAACGUUUGUGAGUUGGAUAUCAUAUUCAAUUUUGGUAAAGCUUAUGCUAUUUUAGACGAAAUGCUAAUGUGUGAUGGAGCAAUUACAGAAUCAAGUAAAAGAGACGUUUUAUCACAUAUUCACUCUAUGGAUACUAUGGAAGGUAGCGACCAAUUGGAAAGAAUAACGAGUUAG